UUUUGUGUGCAAAUAUCUGGAAAAUUCCCGUAUUACUAGUGAAAUAAGUUCUCAUUACAGUUUCAGAAAGUAAAAGUGUGCUGCAAGAUGUGCUAGAAGAUAACACAAAAUUCAAUUUGAAAAUCGAUUUUUCACUACUGUAGCGGGCAAGCUGACGCAUCUAGGUGACAGCUUUGUUCCCGAUUUAGCAUCCUGCGAUUAUAUUUGUGACAUCGCUCAAUCAGCUGUGCGACGAAUGCACACACUUGCACACAUUGUUUGAGUAUCGUGGCAAAUAUUUAUAAACAAACCGUGACGGCCAGCGCCUGUUUCUAUUUAUCAUUUACCUUCAAGAGGUCAGCGUAAGGUGCCAAAAUGGCUGAUAAGAGCCUUGCGAAGCGCUUAUCACUUUCAUCUUCGUCGAAAAAUCGAAUGGGUCACCCGUCUGCCAGUGGUGGGCUUGCUGGACUAGGCGCAGCAGCAUCAGCCGUGCCAUCGGGGUCAAAACUACCUUCGGCAAAAGCACUAGCUUCCGUUGCGGGUACGGGAGUACCCUCACCCGGAUCACCCGGAGAAGUUCCAUUGGUUCCGUAUAUUAAAACAACAGAUAACGGAAAGGUAUUGCCCAAGUAUACUGCUGCAUUAUCAAGCACAACGGAAGAUUUGGUACCGGCAGAAGAUUUGGACAUGAUUCAGUUGGAAUUGGAACUGCUACUUUCUACCGUUGCUUUGCGCUAUCGCGUAUUGAAAAGUGAAAUCGAGACAAUCGACAAAGCGGACGAACGUCGUGAAAGGAAGGGCAAAUUUAUUGAUAAAGCUCCAAGCUCACCAGGCAAAAAGAAACGUCUGGAAGAUAAACAGAAAUUGCGUGAAAGCGCGGGAAAGCUUUUUGGUCAUCACAUGAAACUGUCCAAGAUUAAAAAUAUGUCAUCAUUAAUACCACCUUCGCCGGCUCCAUCGCAGAACACUGACGACAGUAGCGAUGCAGUUCCAUUCCUGCCACCAAACCAUCAUAUUCAACAUAUCAUUUCCGAUAACAACAAACUCUUGCUAGCGAAGAACGAUACUCCGAAUAAAUUUUGGAUGUCUGCCGAGCCAUACUGCAUGCCAAUUACCCAUGAAGAUUUGAAAUUGCUGGAUGAUUUGCUGGAGGAGUAUUCGGGACCGUUGAUUCCACCGAUCCCGGAGUUGGGUCCACAUUACAGCACUCAGUGGGCUGCGGAUGACAUCAAGGAGGAGCAGGAUUCGAGUUCUAAGAAAGGAAAGGGACUGACAAACGGAGAUAUUGGAAAAAAGGAGAAAGUUAUGGGUGAAGGAAUCACCGGUCCGCUGACUCAGCGUCUGGUAUCGGCUUUGAUGGAGGAAAAUUUGCUUCCUGAUUGUAAUAGUACCAGCAACGAAAACAGCAACAGUAGCUCAGAUGUGGGACACAGUAACUCUAGAAGCGCAGUUUCAUUGCUAAAGAAUGGUAUUAGUAUUGAGCGCCGUUUGCGCAAAGAACUGAUCGAACAGGGAAUUCUCGACGACGACGAUAUGCCCAAGAGUCAACAGGAUGACGAAAUUUUGUCGGAAAUCAAUCGCGUUCGCACGGAGAUUGCAGUGAUAGCGGAGUACAAUUCGAACGAGAUUCGAAAGUUACAAUCGAUGGCGAAGGACGAGAUGAAGCGAAUCGAGGUCAAGAGGAAACUAGAUCGAGUUGAUCAAGAUAUCAUCGAAUGCUACAAAAAGAUCAUGGCUGCCAGGCUGAAACGCCGCCCGCUCACAAAGCAGGAACGGGACGAUGCAUAUCGUCUUGCGGAGGAGCAGAAGCGUUUAUCCGAUCAGCUGGAACUAAUGCCAGUGCAUGGACCGUUCGCUAACAAUUAAACAAUUUGGUGCAUUUGAUGUUGUCGACUUUUCUUAGUAAGGUAAGUAACCUGUUCGUAAAUGGUAAAAUUCUCAAACUUCAAUCGUCGUUAAUAGCGAUAGAAUGUCAUACGUGAAUCGUUAAAUUUAGAAUUUUUCAUAACUCAAUACGAUUGAGAGAUCAAAGCAAAUAAAGAUAACUGUUUUACUCCGGGAAAU